AGAGGGCUCCGGAGUCGCAGGGGCUUCUCGCGGGCGAAGCCAGGCUCCUCCCCCCUCGUUUCAUCAUCUCAAUCUCAUCUCAUCCCAUACUAUUAUUGUUAAUCCCACCCCCUCCCAGCCCCUCUUUCCCUCAAGUUUCUCCUCCGAUUGAUUGCCCCUAUAUCGAAAGAGAAAAUCUUUGAACGAAAAAUUGAAAAUAAAGAUCUCCGGCUAUCGAUCUCCGGUGGUCCGCUGUUGAUUCGUGCCGCGAGGAGAGAUUCGUCCCAGUAGCGCCGAGUCCUCUCUUUGGGUUUCUUCCACCGGGUUGGGAUCGAGGGCGUUAGGCAGGAGAUGGAUGUGGAGGGCAAGAUGAAUUUGGAGAUUGGAUCCAAGGACAUGGAGGUGGAGAGCAGGAGCCUAAGGCUGGAGGAGCCACUGGCCUCCUCCGAGAUGGACAUGGAUGAGAGUGGGGAGGUGGAUGCCAACAACAAUGGCAGCUCCAGGGACUGUCCCUUGACCCCCAAGGGUUCCAGGACCUCAUCCAAGGCUUGUGCCGCCAAGAAGCCGAGAUCGGUGAGCACCGACUUCGGGGACGAGCUGGACUUGGAGUUUGGGAGUGGAGAGCGUGACUGCGGCAGGCAGCAGGACAGGAAGCUCUCGAGGCAUGACCGGGUCGAGCUCAGCCGGUCCUUCCAGCGUGCGGUGAGCUCUCAUGACUGGGAGAGCGCCGAUAGCUUGGUAGGGAGGGCUGAUGCGCAGGGACUCAACGACGUGCUCUGCGUGGCGGUCGAUGCUAUCUGGUUCUUGAGCGACAAGGAGGAGCUGCAUGCCGUUGUCGCGUUGAUCAGGAGGAUUGUGUCGGAAGGUGCGAACGAUUUCACACGUGCCGCACUCCGGACAUCCUUCCUUGCGUCGUGUGUGUCGGCAUGCAGGGGCCGGACGACCAGCCUUGCCGAUGCCGUGAGCUUCAUGGGUCAAAAGUUACAUGAACGCCUCCAAGAAUCACAUGGUGACGAGGUAUUGAAGGCAGAAGCAAGUGCAAAGGUGCACAAGUUCACAGAAUGGGCUCUCAAGUGCAUUGGUUUACACUCGCGUGCGCGGGAGGGUAAGGGCAGGGGAAACCAUGGCACCAUCAUUGAGGUUCAACUUCAGCUAUCUGCGUUCAAGACAUUUCUGGAUCUUGCCGAUAAUGAUCUUACUGGGAAAGAUUUCACUGAGGCCUUUGAUGCUGCAUGCUUUCCCCUUACACUGUUCUCAAGCACCUUUGACCAAGGAUGGGCAUCAGGGAUCUCGGCAGCUGCAAUACAGGGGCUCCUAGAGUUAUUGGUAGAGGGUGGCGCAGACAAUGUGAACCAAUGCUUUCUUGAAGCUGCUCGCUAUGGAAGCACUGAACUUGUCCGCAUCUUACUUCAGAUUGCUCAAAGGAACAGCUUGGACAUUGAUGUGGAUCUAGCCCUCGGCUUUGCUGCCCACUAUGGGAAACUCGAAACCAUGGGAUGCUUAGUCCAGGAAGGCAACUCUGUCGCCUUUCUUGGCCCUUUAAUGCGAGCAGCUGAGCGUGGAUGUCUUCAAGUUGUUGAAUGGUUUGUCAACCGUGGCUGUCGGGACAUGGAGCUUUGCCUAGCCCUCACUGCUGCCACCUCUAGUAGCCAGGUUGCAGUUGCUGCCUAUCUCCUGCCUCUAGUCCCCCAACUUGUUCUUGCCCCACUGAGCAUUGAGAUUGUCAAGGCUGCUGGUGAGAGAAGCACAGGUUCCCUCCAAGGUGUGGAUUUUCUUCUCCGCUCGGACUUCCUCAAUGACCCAGCCGCCACGUAUUCUGUGGCAGACAGCAUAGCGAAAUCUGCUGAUGAGGCUGUAGAUGCGAAGCUUAGGUCGUUCAUGCUUGAGCAUUGGUCAGAAGCAGCCUUCUCUGAGGGAUUCACAUCUGCACAAGAGCACUUUCUUAACAUGACAAGGAUAAUGGAAAGGGGUGAGUCACCAGUCCUCCUGAGGGACCUCCCGCUUCAGCUGGUGAUUGCCAUGGCCUACUUGCCACUGUACAGGGAGUGCAUCGAGUCAGGUGGACGGCUUUUGCCGCAGAGGCUAAGAGGUCAGCUUGUGGAGGCUGCAGGCAGGCUGGAGGGCCGGCAACUGGACAGGAGUAGCCAAGGCAGAGAGCUCUUGGCCAUCUUGGAGCACCACCUCCCGCGCUUCUUCGUCAAGACUUGAAGGUCACAGCUUGUACUGAAAUCACAUCGGCAUCGUCAUCGGUCACCGCAAGCAGGUAACGAGAGCAAUGCACCUACCAUCUCCGUCGUACCCCCAGUGACAUCGCCAUGUUCCUGCUUGUGGACAUUCGGAAUGAUAGCACCCUGAGAGCUCAUCCCCUGACUCUCCUUGAGGCGCUCUUCGGAGAGUAUAUAAUUUUGGGACAUGGUGUGUGUGCCUUCUUGUGCGAGGCAUGUGUUGAGAGUAUUUAUUGGGAUCGUAACAUUCACAAAAAUGAUAUAAGCAUUGAGAAAGAUGUUUCUCGAGUUUUCGGUAACCAUACAUUGCUAGCCUUGGAGCACCAUGCCGUUUGUUUUGACUGACAGACGGCUUUUGAUCAUGGACUAGUCACCUGUAAUCUUGGCUUCAUAAACAUAAAAUGGAACUUAAUGGGAAAAUGGCUACCAUUCUUGGGACUGUUAA